AUGGCUGAAACUGGGGAAAAAACGGAUACAGCUUUUAGAAAUCUGGAAUCACGAUCUAAAUCAUCUGUCAUGAAAAGAAUGAUUUUUUGUUUCAAUAAAAAAUAUAAACGUGAGAAACAAAUCGAUUUAGCAACGGAAAAUUUAAUCAUCAAUAAAGAUACUGAAGUUGGUGAAAAGAAAAAUGAUACAAAUAAACAAGACACAGAAGGUGAAACAAAGAAAAAAUUAACCAUACGUGAAAGAAUUCAAAAGAUACCAAGUAGCCUUAAAGAUUUAGUUAUUGAUUCAUCCGAAAGUGGAUAUUAUUAUUGGAUUGGAAUUGUUACAAUCACAGUACUUUAUAAUGCAAUUGUUUUACCAAUGAGAUCUGCAUUCACUCAAUUUCAUGAAUUAAGUCCUAUCAUUUGGAUGGUAUUAGACUAUUGUAUUGAUUGUGUCUAUUUUAUGGAUAUUUUUGUUGGAUUACGUACAGGUUACUUAGAAGAAGGUUUAUUAGUACGUGAUAAAGAAAAAUUAAAACAAGCUUAUAUUAAACGACGACAAUUUAUUAUUGAUAUAAUGGCAAUAUUGCCAACGGAUUUAUUUUAUUUAAUACCAGGAUUAAAUCAUUAUGCUUCAUGGUUAAGAUUUAAUCGUUUAAUGAAAAUUUAUAGAUCAUUUGAAUUUGUUGAUAGAACUGAAACACGUACAAAUCGACCAAAUCUAUUUCGUAUUUCAAUGCUUACUACUUAUAUAUUAGUAUUAAUUCAUUGGAAUGCAUGUAUUUAUUUUGGAUUUAGUCGUGCUACUGGUUUAAGCUCAGAUUCAUUUGUUUAUCCACCACGUUCCAGUGAUGAUACAUCAGAUGAAUAUAAAAAUUAUACAGAACAAUGGGAUCGAUUAUUUUCUCAAUAUGUUUAUAGUUUCUAUUGGUCUACAUUAAUCUUAACAACAAUUGGAGAAACACCAAAACCUGUACGUAAUGCUGAAUAUAUAUUUAUCACUAUUGAUUUUCUUGUUGGGGUAUUAAUAUUUGCAACGGUUGUUGGUAAUGUUGGUGCAAUGAUAACAAAUAUGAAUGCAGCUAGAACAGAAUUUCAAAAUAAAAUGGAUGGUGUUAAAAGAUAUAUGGAAUUUCGUAAAGUUAACAAAGAAUUAGAACUUCGAGUAAUCAGAUGGUUUGAUUAUUUAUGGACUAAUAAACAAUCAUUAGAAGAGGAUAGUCUUAAUGCUUUACCAGAUAAAUUAAAAGCUGAAAUUGCUAUUCACGUUCAUUUUGAUACAUUAAAACGUGUUAGCAUAUUUAAAGAUUGUGAUCCUGGUCUUCUAGUGGAAUUAGUACUUAAACUUCAAUUACAAGUAUUUUCACCAGGUGAUUAUAUAUGUCGAAAAGGUGAUAUUGGCAAAGAAAUGUACAUAGUUAAACGUGGUAAAUUAAGUGUAGUAUCUGAAGAUGGUAAAACUGUAUUUGUUACACUUGGUGAAGGUUCUGUAUUCGGUGAAAUAUCUAUAUUAAAUAUAGCUGGUAAUAAAACAGGUAAUCGUAGAUCAGCAAAUGUACGAUCUGUUGGUUAUUCUGAUUUAUUCUGCCUUAGUAAAGAUGAUCUUUGGGAUGCAUUAACUGAAUAUCCAGAAACUAAAACAAUACUUAUGCAACGUGGUCAAGAUAUAUUACGUAAAGAUAAUUUAUUAGAUGAAGAUGUACUACGUAAAGCUCAAGAACAACAAGAAUCAAUUGAACAAUGUGUUCAACGUAUUGAUGGUACAGUAAAUCAAUUAACAACACGUUUAGCUAGAUUAAUUGGUGAAUUUGGUGCUAGUCAAGCAAAAUUAAAACGUCGUUUAGCUAGAUUAGAACAAGAAUAUGAUAUGAAUUCAUCAUUUUUAGUACAAGAUAAUAAUAAUAACAUUCCUAAAUAUAGAAAAUAUAGUGAACAAUUAACAAAUGAUAGGCAAUUACAAUGUAAUACACAAUUAGAAUAUAAUAGAAAAUCAAUUCAAACAAUAAAACAAGGUAGUAAAUUGAAAAUUAAUCAAAAACAACAUAAUAUAUCUAAUAGUAGUUCAACAUCAUUAUAUGAUAAACGUGAAUCAUUAAGUUCAUUAGGAUCUAAUAUAACAAAUGAAACAUUGCCUUUUGCACAAGAUGAUGAAUAG